GUGUGUGUGUGUGUGUGUGUGUGCGUGUGUGUGAGAGAGAGAGAGAGAGAGAUCGGAAGGAAGGAUGGCGUCAGGAUGGGGGAUAACAGGGAACAAAGGUCGGUGUUACGAUUUCUGGAUGGAUUUCAGUGAGUGUAUGUCUCGUUGUAGAGAACCUAAAGACUGCGGUCUUCUCCGUGAAGAUUAUCUCGAGUGUCUUCAUCACUCCAAAGAGUUCCAGCGAAGAAACCGGAUAUACAAAGAAGAGCAGCGUCAGAUAAGAGCUGCUGCACAGAAAGCCAAAGGUGGUGAUGGAGACACAGUUCCGCACCACUAGUAUAAGGCUACCUUACCAUGUUUCCAGUUAACAAUAAUGUUUGAAUUGUGCAACCAUUUUUCAUGGAAAUUUUGGUAAAUGCUAUGUGGUAAUCUUUGUUGUUCUGAAGGGGUGGUUACUUGCAACAUCCCUUGCAUAUUCAUGAAUUCGUACUUUGGAGCACCCCUUUUACUCAUAUUAUUGAAGUUUUAUAUGAAGGAGAUAUUGUUUGCCAA